AUGGAACUCUUACGGAGAUUAAGAUACAUGGAGACCACUUGUACGUUUGCGGAUCAAGUUGUUGUAGUCGUAGACGGAGGCAGCACCGGCACUCGCGCACAGCUCUUUGCGAUAACGACCCAGGCGUGUCCUCGUUCAGGGCGAGUCGUACUUCCGCAAAAACUCCGAUUUUUGGGGACUGGGCGCAGGAUGACAAGCCUGCGGCAGCUGCUUGAAUCAUGGCUGGACGAGCAUGCUCCUGGUUGGGAGUCGAGGGCGGAUGUGGGGGCAACAAUAACGAAACACAUGUCAAAACUCCAAAUGAGGACUGAUCAGCUCGUCAUGGAGUUGAAACAGGACGUUGCUAAUGUCUUGAACAAGCGUCUGAAUGAACAGGAAAUUCAAAAUGCGAAACAACUCGGAGUUCCACUUAUUGUUCACAGCACUGCUGGAGUGCGAGAUUUUCCGGAAUGGUACGUUGACGGCUUAUUUUUAUUGUUACGUUCUGCAAUAAACCAGCCGGCCAGCGUCGACGGCUACACGUUUUUCACGAACACCGAGCUGGGAAGGCCAAUAACCGGCGAAGAGGAAGGCCUUUUCGCUUUUUUCACUUUGAAUUUCCUUUCCAAACGUCUGCCUUUGUUUGGUGGCCAAGAUCCGGCACGGCAAACGUGUAGUAUGGCUGGCCUAGUGGAAGUAGGGGGAGCGUCGCUGCAGAUUGUCUUGCCGAUUGACGACCUUCAUAUUCUCCCGUCGUUCGUGAAAACCUCUAGUGUGAAGCGAUGUCGAGGUCAGUGCGAGCGUCCAGCGCCACGGAAAAAAGUACUGUCACUUUCGUUUAUGCAGCUUGGGUCCACUAGUGCAGCAGGCUUACUGUUCAAAGGCAUCUGCCGGCAGCAACAACUGAAGAACGGCAUCUGCCACAAUCCUUGCUUGCCUCGAGGCUACGAGCAGCCUUGCUCUGCCGGCCCACCGAAGUUCUCCCCCGACGGGACUGUACAUAUUGACACUCAGCUGAGGAAGAACCGCCUUAUACCUGCGGCUACGUAUUGCUCUGCUACGAACCCUGCGAUUUCCGUUAGACCCGUGAAUGUUUACGGGUGCGCUGCUAUUGGCAUGGAUCCAUUCUCUUCCUUGGAAAAUAGACUAGGUAUCGAAGGCUGCACACUGAUGGUGGGGACUGGGAACUUCGAUGCAUGCUUCGCCGAAGUUGAAGCGGUUCUACUCAAUCCGUCCGUGCCGCUUCCCGCGAACCUUGAGGCGUCAUCAGCAGGAUUCGACUCGCUCGGCCAGGUUUCAAGGCUUGUCUCCACCAGCGUACCCGUGUUUAUCACAGGAACCUCCAUACUUGAUGGGAUUCGCACGCUUCAGAAGAUAGGAUUCUUGAGACAAGAAUUUCGUGGAGAGGUGGCUCCCCUUGUAGAGGCAGCAGAGGCGUUUUGUAGGUUGCCAGUGAAGUUUGCGGAGGGCAAGGGGCUGAUAUUCGAUCUGCCUAGUCAUGAGUUGCCAGUUACAGCUUUUACCAUCACUUUUUGCCACGAACUUGCUAUGGCGGUUGGACUGUUGAAGUACUUGCAGGCAGGUAAGCAUGUGCCUAGUGACAUCAUUUUCACUGACGAGGUGGUUGACGAUGCCGGCAUAGUGCAAGGGAAAAUUGGCUGGCCUUUAGGCGCUGUUCUGUACAGAGCUCUCUCUCAGAAACGGUGGUCACGGGAUAUGUAUGAGCUGGGUCCAACUGUUAAUUUCUACCCAGAAAGGAAAGCAUGA